AGUUUUCAACAAGAACCACAAGCGCUGGCGUCGAGCAACCAUCUUCGUCGACAAAAACACAAAAACGCUGCGAGAAAAAUCUGUGCGAGUCGCUGGGAAAAAUUACGCCGCCGCCCCAAAACGCUUCAAAGUGUGCUAAAAGGUAGUGAAAAGUGCUGUAGAGUGCUGUGAGGUGGGUUCUGAGGUGUUUAACAGGCCCUAGGGCCCCAUUCAACAUGUGACCUCAAUAUGACGUUUUCGUUUUGGUUUUGCUCUGAAAAGUUUCCCCACAAAUUUGCCGCCGUGCUGGCUUUUCUCCAGCUUCCACCUGGUCAGAAGGCCACAGUGUAUCUCCCAUGGGGAACUGUGAGGGUUUUCCCAGGGUUUUGGGCUAGCACUAAAGACUGUGAAAGACCACGCGAUUGGGAGUGAUUGUACCCGCGUGAGUGGAUUUGUGGGGUGAAGGAAGUAGCAGCGCGGAUAUUAGUGAAUUUUGUAGUGAAGACAAAUUGUGACGCGGUGAAGAAAGAGUUAAGAUUUCAGUGAUGUGUGAGUGAUCAUAAAUGAGUAAUAUAGCACCAUAAGUUUUUCUUUUCUUCCGAUUAAACGAGAGGUGUGCAAGGCAAGAAAAAAAAUAUAUAAGAAGUUGUAUUGCGAGAAGAAAAAGAAAAGAAAGAAGGGCAAUUAAAUGUUGGACAAGCAAUGUAGAUUAGAGCAGUGGCAGAGAGGAAAAAUUCAAUGGAAAACAAGUGUUGAUGGUGCAGAAACAGAAUGAUCGGUUCGUUUGACGACAAUUUGAGUGUCGAAGUGAAAAAAUGCAGUCAACAGACUCAUCACCAUCGUCAGGAGAUUGCUCCCGCUAUAUUUUGCAGGUGUACGUGGGAGCUCUUUCCCUACACUAUGAGGCGUUAAGUGUGGAAGCAUCUAAACAAACAACCGCCGAAGAAAUUGUUUCAUGUAUUGUUGAACGCUUAGGACUAUCGGGAAGCAAUUAUGAACUUGCCGAGGUGGCGGAUGAGAGUAAAGAGAGGCGAUUGUCGCCAGAGGAAAAGCCCGUGUCAGUUAUGCUCCUGUGGCCAAUGCAUUCAGAAAGAGAUUUUCAUAGGUUUUAUCUACGCGAAUCCCAAAAUGAUGUUCCCUGGUUAGACAACUACAGUCUCGAUCCGCAAAUUUUGCGGGAUUUCAUACCAUUUCUGCUGCAGCCGGAAAAUCGGGAGUAUCCAGACUUGUGCCAAUUGCCAGACUUGAAUGAGUCAACAUUGUUGGAGAAUUUAAGACAACGCUUCGAUGCUGGUCAUAUUUAUACUUAUGUAGGGAGUAUUUUAAUAGCUGUGAACCCAUUCAAAUUUCAUCCAAUCUACAAUCCCAAGUAUGUAAGGCUGUAUCAAAAUCAAAAAGUUGGACCCAUACUCCCUCCUCACAUCUUUGCAAUUGCCGACAAUGCAUAUUACUGUAUGCUCAAGGAGAAGAGGAAUCAAUGUGUUGUGAUUAGUGGUGAGAGUGGAUCGGGAAAGACAGAAAGCACAAAUUUUCUCUUGCACCACCUCACAGCACUAUCACAGAAGGGAUCUCAUGGAUCAGGAGUUGAACAGACAAUUCUCAGUGCUGGUCCUGUUCUUGAGGCAUUUGGUAAUGCCAAAACAGCCCAUAACAAUAACUCGAGUCGCUUUGGGAAAUUCAUUCAAGUGAAUUAUCGUGAAAAUGGUCUCGUUCAGGGAGCUGUUGUGCAGAAGUAUCUGCUGGAGAAAAGUCGAAUUGUCUCACAGGGCCCCUACGAGAGGAACUACCAUGUCUUCUACUAUCUGCUAUCGGGUGCCACUGAGCAGGAGCGUGAAGCUCUUCAUUUGCUCCCAGCUGACAAGUAUAACUACUUGAAUGCAAAGAAUUUAAUCUUGGAGAAUUGCGAUGAAAAGUAUGAGUUUUCACGACUGAAGCAGAGCAUGGAGAUGGUAGGAUUUUCAGCUGAGAAGCAGAGACGGCUGUUCAAUGUACUGUCAGCUGUUCUGCUCCUUGGUAAUGUUGAAUUCUUCCCUAAAAAAUCCACCUACCACCAUGAUGAAAGUGUUCAAGUGCGCAAUUCUGAUGUUGUGUCCAUAAUCUCGGAAUUGCUAAGAGUGAAGCAUGACACACUCUUGGCUGCAUUGACAUCGAAACGUGUUAAGGCGAGCGGUGAGACGCUCAUUAUGCAAUACAAAUUACCUGAAGCAAUUGCAGCACGAGAUGCACUGGCAAAAUGUCUCUAUGGCGCACUAUUUGACUGGAUUGUGCUCCAGGUGAAUCAUGCAUUGCUGAAUAAAGAUCCCACGGGACCUCCGCACACAGGACACUCAAUUGGGGUGCUGGACAUCUUUGGGUUUGAGGACUUUGGGGCACAGAACUCCUUUGAGCAGCUCUGCAUUAACUAUGCCAAUGAACACCUCCAGUAUUAUUUCAAUCUCCAUGUGUUCAAGUAUGAGCAGAAUGAAUAUAAGCGUGAAGGGAUCAAGUGGCGAGAUAUUGAAUUUAUGGACAAUUCAGGAUGUUUGCAUUUGUUUGAGUCCAAACCAACUGGACUUCUUUGCAUCCUCGAUGAUCUCUGCAACUUUCCGGGAGCCACAAAUGAGGCUCUUCUGCAAAAAUACAACACCGUCCAUCGGGACAAUCCCUUCUACGAAAAGCCACAGAAAAAGGAAAAUGCAUUUAUCAUCAAGCACUACGCUGGAAAAGUCAAAUACCAGGUGGCGGAAAUGCGUGAGAAGAACUUAGACUUAAUGCGCCAAGACAUCGUGAGUGUCCUGAAGAAUUCCAGCAUGGCUUUCGUGCGAGAACUCGUGGGAGCUGACCCUGUGGCAGUUUUCCGCUGGGCUAUCCUGAGAGCCUUCUUCCGUGGGUACUUUGCAUUCAGAACGGCCGGCAUUAAGCAUCGUCAAGAGAGAGCUGAUCAGGCAUUCAACAAAGUGACGGUGAAAACGCGAUUUAGACCACACAACGAUCUACUAAUCAGCAAAAGAGUGAAUAAUACGAGUGACCUGGCAUCGAUGCAUCAUCAGCAGUCACCCAUUCAGCAGUUCAAUUAUAUGAACAAGAAUCCGCGGCGAUCGUGGUCCAGUAUUGCCUUCCAAAAUAAAAAUUUUCCAGAUGGAAAGCUGGGGUAUGAAAAUAGCCAAAACAGCAAUAACAACAAUAACAACUCUGAUAGCGGUGGAAAUAACAAAAUAUUUGCUAAAGGAUUUUCAAAGUUUGAACGAUCCAGUCAAGAUGUAAUGGCACGUGCUUCCCAAAUUGUUCAGAAGAAUAAAUCAUUCCGCCCUCGAGAGCGUCCAAAGAAGGGACUGAAAAAUCUCCAGACAGUAAAAACUCUAACAGCUGGACAGAAUUUGUCCAAUCAGACGUCCAUUAAGACAAGAAAACAGCCACUAACGGUUUCAGCACAAUUUCAAAAUUCACUUACUGCCCUGAUGGACACUUUAAAUCAGGCAAAUCCCUUUUUUAUCCGAUGCAUCAAGUCAAAUCCAUCUAAAAUCCCAAACAAAUUUGAUGACAACACUGUGACGAGACAGCUUCGCUACACGGGAAUGCUGGAAACUGUGCGAAUUCGUCGAGCGGGCUACAAUGUACGCUUGACAUAUGAAGAGUUCAUCCAGCUGUACAGAAUUCUCCUUCCCAAAGGCCUCGUGAGUUCGCAGAAGGAUGUGCGAGAUUUCAUGAAUACGAUGGAUUUGAACAAGCAACACUACCAAUUAGGUGUUACAAAGAUCUACAUGCGUGAAUCUCAGAAGAUACGACUGGACAUAAAGUUGCAUACAAAGAUACUCGGGAGUAUAGUGAAGAUUCAGAGGUGGUUUCGUAGUAUUCUGCAGAGGCGCAAAUUUGUUAUUUUGCGUUCAGCCGUGGUUACUCUUCAGAGUUUCUGGAGGAUGUGUAUAGCCCAGAAGCAACUUCUGGGUUUGCGACAGGAGCGGGCAGCAGCCGUGAUUCAGGCUACAUGGCGCAUGUACGUCACGAGGAAAUGGUUCACGAAGCUGAAGAAUGGCACAAUUCUGCUGCAGUCGCACAUUAGGGGCAAAUUGGCUAGAGCUAAAUUCAAGAUAAUGUACAAACAGAAGUUGCUGAAAGAGAGAUCGAAAUUGCGACCAACACAGAGUCUACCAGCCAAUGAGAGGUCGAUCGAUGUGCUGCCGGACGUUGACACGUACACUGGGCAGAGAGUGACACUCACAAAGCCACACAGCAGUCUGGACACUGAGCUUGAGCACGCCACUAAGCGAAAUAUUCACUCUCAGUAUUACCACCAUGGCAAUCGCAGUGAGGAGAAUCUCCUGGACUACUCACUCCUGACCCAGGGAUCCAUGGAGAAGCGCGAUGUGCUUAAUAAGGCGGAGAAUCAAUUUAGGAGCUUAAUGAUAUCAUCCGGGAACAACAAUAAGGCAUUUGGCAAUAGUAACAGCGAUGACUUCCAUCCGGACUAUCAGAAUGUCAAAUACUCACAGCAUGACAAGCAACAGCACUUCCAGAGGCAGACGCAUCAGGAGGAGCCAUCCAGUCUCGUCACCAUGAACGAUAUCCGGAAGGCUUACAUGACGUACAUCGAAUCUCCCAAGAGUUAUGAUCCCCUGAAGGCUCCAGUGCGCCGAGUGGAUUCUGGACCAACCCCCGUCCGGCGCAGUGAAUUGCGCUACGAAGAGUCUCCGAGCCGAAUGAUUGGUGUUACGCGAAAUGUGGGAAAUCUGGGCAAUAGCAAUGUAGAAGUUGUCUAUGUUGACAACAAUGCUGAUGCCUCAGCUGCAGCCUCAUUGGAUAGUUCCAGUGGUGCCCUGAGAAGUCCUCAGAAUAGUCAGCAACAGUAUUUGGGCUAUAAACCGACGAGACGGGAAAUUAUCUGUCGGAGUGCUGGAGAUGAGAUAAAUUCCAAUUAUUCGUCAACGGGGAAGACACAGAGUAUGAAUUAUGCGAGUCCUGGGCAUUCGGGAACAUCCAGUCAGAGUGUGUAUGUGAGUCAGGAACAUCCACAGGAAUUUCUGCAGAAGGCUUUCUAUACGGCACCCAAGGGAAAGGCUGCAGCUCUGCUGGGAACAAUAACGGAAGACAAGGUGAGGGCGGCCAAGGAGGCGGCAGCAGGGCAGGAUUAUGGGUAUCAGGGUAAGGUGGGUAGGAGAGUGAAGACCAAUCUGAGUGAUGAUGUCAGUGAUGUCAAUCUCCAUGGGCACAUUGUGCAUCCGAGGCGUGGAGCUCUGAGUUCAGAAUCACUGAGAAGGAGAAAUUCUGAUCCGAGCACCAAUAAAGUGCCCCUGCUGGAAGUCAAUAGGGGCAAUGAUAUGUAUCAAUCGAGUACACAUAUUAACAUUGCUGGGCAUAGAUUCCGGAAGGCGGCAAGAAUUGGGAAGGCGGAAAAGUGUGCAAGUUGCGAGAAGAGUGAUGCCUUUGUCAAUGAAGGUCACAGAUGUCUGGAUUGCAAGGUUCUCGUGCAUACGAAAUGCAUCCAGAAUGGCGGUGUAAAGACACUCCAGUGCGAAGCAAAGCGCUCAAAGCGCCGAAAGAUGAUGGAGAAAGGGGCAGCAGGGGAGAAACCAAUGACACCCAAUUCGAAAUACUCAGGAACGCGCGAGUACACAGAUUCCACGGAUAAGAUCAUCAGUGAUGCCAAAGAGUUGCAAUUGAUGCAGGACUUCAUAACGCAGAAGAUCUGCAAGAUGGAGAAUGACUGUGGGAAACCCUCGGAGGUUGAUAGGGUGUUCAAGCAGGCUCUGAGGGAAUUUAAGGACAAUCUGGUGGCACACUACAGUGUGGCGCACAAACAGAAUUCUGAUGCUCUCAAUAUCAAGUAUCGGGAUUUAAUAGCUAAUUUUGAGCAAGUAAUGGAAACUUGCUGUGGUGGCCGAAAGGAUGACUUUCCCCUUACGAUGGGCGUCAAUGCCUUCAGGGGCUUCAUGAAUGAGUUUAUGAACUCACGCGAAACCGACAAGCCCAAAACGAAGCGAAAGAAGGACAAGAAACGCAAAAUUGAAGAGCAUACCAGCUUCAAUGGUCACACCUUCCAAUUGACGAUCAUCAACAUUCCAACGGCGUGUGAAAUUUGUCAGCUUUUCCUCUUGUGGCCCAUUGAGCGUGGACUGGUUUGCCAGAAUUGUCGGUUGACGUGUCACAAGAAGUGCUACCAGAAGACAGCAGCCUGCAAUAAGAUCUCCGGAUCUUCGGGUAAUAUUUCAUCAUCUCAGUCUGCUCUGGUAGGGUCAAAGCUUUUCGGCUGUAGCCUUACAAGUUUGUGUGCUGCUGAGGGAGGUGUCAAAAUUCCCGUGCAGAUUGAGCAAUUGAUUACGAAGAUUGAGAUGCAUGGACUCUAUGCAGAGGGUAUUUAUCGGAAAAGUGGGGUUAAUUCAAAGAUAAAGGAGCUGAAGAUGAGAAUGAGUGAGAAUGCUCAGUCGGUUGAGGUUGACUAUGAGAGUUACAAUGUCCAUGUCCUGGCCAAUGUGUUAAAAUCGUUCUUGAGAGAGAUGCCAGAACCUCUGUUGUCCUUUGACCGGUAUGAUGAUUUUCUGAGGGCUGCUGAGUUGAGUGAGACCAAUGACAGAGUUCAGACGAUGCUGUCGUUGAUCAAGAAAUUGCCACCAUGUCAUCAUGCACUGCUAGAAAGGCUGAUAUUCCAUUUGGCGUUGGUGGCUCAGCGAGAGCAGUUUAAUCGGAUGUCAGCAAGUUCACUGGCCAUUGUGUUUGCUCCGUGUGUUCUGAGGACGAAUAGAAUUGUUCCGGCGCAGGAUAGUUUGAAUGAUAUUGGGAGGCAGACGAAGUGCAUUGAGACGCUGAUAACGCAGAAGAUGCACAAUGUCAAGAGUACUCUGGCGGACAUUGAUACCCUAGAUACGGCCGCUCAUACGGCCACAACACGUCUGAGCACUCUCAGGAGUUCUAAGGUCUUCACUCCUGAGGAAUUAGCGCCACGGCAAGGGAAUCUGGAGUCAGAAGCUGAGGAGAUUCUACUGGAGGGACACAUUCAGGAGAUUAAGAAGGAGAAGGCUCUCCUGACGUCUACUCUGCCCAGUUUGGCCAGAGCGAGUUCCGAUGAUGAUUUACUAUCGACGGAUCUCGAUGGGGAGGGAGGGAGUCUCGAUGACUUGAUUCUGUUGGGUGGGGAGGGCAGAGAUCCCAAUAAGGACAGUGUAGAUUCAGCUCUGUGCAGUCUGGGUGGAGAAUCUUCUCGGAAUACUUUCAACAGUGAUGCUGAGAUGAUGGAGUACCCCAGGGAACAGAGUAUGGACUAUAUGCACAGUCCAAGGAGUCAACAGAUGUCAGCGGAACGGGAAGCUUUCCUGCGAGGGGCCUACAAUCCCAAAAUAGCCUCAACGAGCAAAUGGUCCAGCAGUCAGCAGAAUCUCAGUCAUGGUCCAAUUAAGGCUCAGUGUGAGUUGCAGCGGCAGAAGCCAAUUGUGAUGAGGAGUAUUUCCACCGGUUAUGACACUCAAUCAGUCACCAUCCAGCAUCAUCAGCCGGGCCCAAGUCAAGUUGAAGCACCACCGCCCAAGGAACCCAAGGCCAAGAAUAGUCGCAAGUCCAAGCGACAGAAUAGUCUCGAUGAUGAGCCCAUAAUGGUGUGACUUCCGGGGCAGGAAGUGAAAAUUUGUGAUGGCGAGGAAGAAGGUGGAGGAAAUGCAGGGUGAUCUAGUUGA